GUAGGUGGACAACAAAUACUGCUGAGAGAGGAGCGUCCAGACCAACCAGCAGCUUCUCCUCAUGAAGAACUCUCCUCACUCCUUCCUCUGACUCCUCCAUACCUGCGCUUUUUCCUCUGACAACUCCUCCCGCCAACUCUCCAGCAUCCACUGAAGCAGCUAAUCACUUCCACUGGGCUAAUUUGGAGGCCAUCUUGACAGCUCCUGUAUGCUAGGGAAGGAAUAGUCGUCCGAGACCUUUGGGUGGUGGUUUUAUCCAUCUGUCUAUCUGUCUAUCUAUCUGUCUGUCUGUCUGUCUGUCUGUCUUUCUAUCUAUCUAUCUUUCUAUCUAUCUAUCUAUCUAUCUAUCUAUCUAUCUAUCUAUCUAUCUAUCUAUCUAUCUAUCUAUCUAUCUAUCUAUCUAUCUAUCUAUUUAUUUAUUUUUUCAAGUGUGAAUUAAACACAGAGCUCUGAAGAUGAAGGACCGCCUGGCCCAGCUGAAGGAGAAGAGUGACGCAGGAGGCGAUGACGUUGAGAUUCCAGUGGAGAAUCAGGCUUUUAUGGAUGAUUUCUUUGCACAGAUUGAAGAUAUACGCACCAGCAUUGACAAGAUUGAUGCGAGUGUCACAGAAAUCAAAAAACUCUACUCCACCAUCCUGUCAGCUGCUUCAUCUGAACAGAAAACACAGGAUGAAGUUGAAGCCGUCACCAAUGAGAUCAAGAAGUCGGCUAACAACGCAAGAAACAAACUAAAGAGUAUUGAGGGCCAGCUUGAGAACGCAGAUGAGAGAGCCUCAGCUGACGUCAGGAUACGCAAAUCACAGCAAGCCAUCCUGGCCAAGAAGUUUGUUGAGGUGAUGACCCGAUACAACGAGGCUCAGAUGGAGUUCAGAGAUAAGAGCAAAGGACGGAUCGCCCGUCAGCUGGAGAUCACGGGGAAAGCAACGACUGACGACGAACUGGAGGCCAUGCUGGAGGGAGGAAACUCAGCUGUGUUCAGUGCCGGGAUCACGGAGUCUAAGAUCAACCAGCAGGCCCUGAAUGAGAUCGAGGCCCGUCACAAAGACAUCAUGAGGCUAGAGAGCAGCAUCAAGGAGCUCCAUGACAUGUUUGUGGAUAUUGCCAUGCUGGUGGAGAAUCAGGGGGGCAUGAUUGACAGAAUAGAGAGCAACAUGGACCAGUCCGUGGGCUUUGUAGAGAGGGCAGUGGCUGACACCAAAAAGGCAGCCAAAUUCCAGCAGGAGGCACGCAGGAAACAAAUGAUGAUCUUCUGCUGCUGUGUGAUUCUGGCCUUGAUACUCGGUUCAUUUGUCUACAGCUUCUUCAAAUAGUAAUGCUGAACGAGCCGCCUAGCAGGGUCCCACAGUAUGGGACAAGGCAGAGCAAAGUAGAGCCCGGGCACAGUUUACUGUCAAUUCCCUCCUUCAAAUUAGAAAUAGAGUCUGCAUUCCUUCUCUAUUAUUUCUAAUAUGUUAUUACAACUUCUUCACAUUCUUAAGGGGUUCAACAUCUAAAUUAAGUUUUAAUGUCAUUAUAUACUACUCUAAUAUUAGUGACACCUUUCAAUGCCUGCAGUGUACUGCGUCUAGAUUAAAUGACCUUUAGUUCCAACAAAAAGCUUUAGAGACUUGAUAAAAGGGAAAUGUGUUUUAUAGCUCUAACCAGUGUCAAUCCCUGUCCCUUAUAAAAUGUAAGAACUACAGGUUCAAUCCACAAUAGAGAGCCUAAAUCCCGCCCUUCUAUUUCCGACCCAUGGGACCUUAUUUCGGAAGAAAUAUGUAUGUUAGGCAAUGGCAAGAGAGAAAUUAUUUUCUGAUCCCGUUUGAAUUAUGCCAUGAAUUACACAUAUGAUGUUUGUCAAUUUGAAAGAUCAUUUUGCAAGUCAAGAAAAAAAAAGUUGUCGUAAAACUGUGAAGUAACACUUAGUUUUGUGUGAAAACGCACAAUGAACUACAUCUCUGGUCUCGCACAAUACACGUCCACAAAAAGAACAAGCAAGACCCAUUGCUGGUAUGCCUACAACUUGGUACAAAGCAGUAGGGAUGUUGUUAAAGUUAUUUUCAUAUCUCUUAUAUUUAAUGGAGGGAAAGAAUGAUGACAUCAGUUAUGAAAUCACUUACUCUUGGAUUUGUAGUGUUUCUAGUUGCGUAUUUUCAUAGUCUUAUAUUUCAACAGUUUUACGCCAAACUGACUUUCUUGACUUGGAAAUUAUUUCUUAAGAUUGACAAACAUCAUAUGUGUAAUUCAUGGCACAAUUCAAACGGGAUCAAAAAUAAUUUCUCUCGCCAUGGACUACAAUACAUAUUUUUUCCGAAAUAAGUUCCCAUGGUGCUCCACCGGAAAGGGAGGGACUUAGGCUCUCUAUGAGCAGAACAUGUUUUUCAUCUUUGGCCCUGCCGGCAGUAUCUCUAUAGUUAUGAAUGGUACAGGAUUUGUCAGUCAAUGCUCGUGUAUCUGUAGGACUUUUCCGGAGUGAUGAGUUAGAUUACAUUUUAUUUAUAUCUGUACCCAUUCUUAGCAUAGUAAAAGUAUUGGGGUUUUCUUUCUGUAUGGUGAUCCUAAAUAUGUCUUCCUUCUGAAGAUUCUUUAAAACCUGGAUUCAUUUUUAGGUGAGCUCCAUUGACUUCUAUCUUGGUUGAUUUCAAUUAUUCAGGUAACAAACAAUGAAUAGUUUCAGGAUCUACUUUCAUAAAUACAUCGAAGCAGUAAGUAACUAAUGAGAAUUAGUGUUAUAUAAGAUACAAAAAACCACUGAAAAGCAUUUAUUGCUCAGAAAGGAAUUCAUGUAGUGGCUGUUAACAGGUGAUUAAGUGAAAGUGAACCGAUCACACACAGAUGUCCGUGCAGCAUGACCCCUCAGUGCCCAUCCUCAUGGGUGCAUAUCUCUGAAUUCAGUAGCGUAAGUAUUAACACAGAUGUUUUUAUUCUUUAGUUUUUUAAUCUUUUCUGUUAUUGGCAUUUGGAUGUAGAAAUUGUACUUCUGUGCCAAUACUUAUGCUACCGACUAUAUCAAUGAUCCCUGCACCUUCCAUGACUUCAUAGUGGGACCUUUAUUCAUUUAUUUUAUUUUUACUGAAGAAAUAAAGGCAUUUUGUUUAAAGAAUUCAUGUAUUUGAGCUUGAAAGUUUGAAUUAAAGUAGACGUGAUGGCAAGAAUAGGUGUAGAUUCUGGAGGUGUUAGUUAAGAAAUGGAAUAAACCAAGCCCUGCUCUAUUGGUUACACUGCCUGGAAUGUACUGUUUAACCUCUUCAUGUCUUUGUUGUUGGUGUAUAUAUUACACAAAUGUAUUUCGUUUUUAUGUGUUUGUGUUGUCCCCCCUUGUUUUUUUAAAGAAUAUGAUUUUAUUUCCAAUCUUGUUUCAUGCCAUGGUUUGACUCUAGUUGGUCUUUGACUUUUGCAUCCUCCCUAUUUGCUCUACAUCCACACAUUGCAAGGGGGGUUAACAUUGCAGCCCACUCCUGUAAUGUCCGCCUACUCUUAAUCCAUAUUUUACAUUGUACAAUUGGAGACUAGAUCUGGUCAUUGCUUCAUGUGAGGAAAAUAACAUUUAAAAAUGUGAAUGUUUGGAAAUGGAGAAUUAUUUAUGUGAAACAGACUGAUGUUUUCUUGUGUCACGUUACAACAGGAGCACCUGCCAAAAUUCCCUGUGGAUGUUCAAAUGUAGGCUUAUAUCUACCACAUUUUUUACUGUCUCAUGCUAUAAACAAGUUUGAUUGAAAACCUUAAAAAUAACUAAUAAAAGAGUGAUUGCUAGAUUGUUUUAGGGGGAGCAGUAUACUUCUACUUUGUGCUCACAAGGUUCAAUGGAUAAAAUGUAGGUCCAAACAAUAGAAUAACAUGACUUUCCACUAAUAACUUGGGUUUUUCAAUUCACCUGGUAAUAAUCUAUCUGAAUUAAAUGCAGGAAUGUGGGUGUUCAAUUGAAAGAAGGUGGGAUCUCACUUUCUGAGCCAGGUUCCAGAAGGAAUUUAAUAAACGUUAUAGUUAAAUCUUAUAAUAACAACAAUAAUGGAUUGAAAUGUAAUAAUGCAGUGUGGAUUCAGGAGAAUUGGUCGACCAUGGUUCAGUCAGAACAUUGGCAAUUAUGUUCCCCUAAUUAUCAAUUUGUCUGACAUGGAAUUGGUGUUCGUUUGUGUUCUCACUUUCCUGUUUACAUUAUUACCCUGUAGACAUUUGCUAUGGAAAUGUGUAUUUUAUUUAUUUUGUAGUUUUCAUCCACUGUUGACAAAAAAUAAAUCAAUUGACCUCA